CCAAGAAUCAUUCACCCUGGUGCUCGACAAUAAGACCUAUUCAUAUACAUAUAUAUAUAUAUAUAUACACGACACACACACACACACACACGAAUACACGUUUAUUACAUGUAUCCAAUGUCCCGACGUCUGGAGAUCACGGUAAUAUCGGCGGAGGAUCUCCGCGUAAACAGGAGACCGAUCUCCGCGCGGAGAAACACGUUCGCGGUCGUGAAGACCGUUCCGUUCAACGUCCGGAAAACGAAGGCCGACGAAUGCGGCGGAACUCAUCCGAAGUGGAACGACAAGUUCGAGGUGGAGAUGCCCAUGAACGGGAGAUCCCAGUUUGUGUCCGUCGAGGUAUGCUAUCGGACAGGUUCUGGGUCUGAGAAGCAAGUAGGGUUUGCGAGGAUUCCGGUUACGGAUUUCAUGGGAGGGUAUUAUCCCGAAGGCCAUUUGAACUUUCUGAGUUACAGACUGAGAGAUGAGUAUGGAGACAAGAGCGGGGUCGUCAAUGUUUCGAUCAGAGUAGAACCUGAUUCGAGAUUCGGACAGCAAAAGACGGCGGAGAAGAAGCCGACGGUUGACUUUAGCGCGUGCUCGUCACACGCGGUGGGGUUUUGGAGACCGGAGAAGACGAUCGGGACGGCCGUUUCCGGCGGACAGAUAGUCACCGGCGUUCCUAUAUGGUGUGGGUAUCAACCACGUAAUUGAUUAUUUUUGUGUCGUUUUCUAGGUUUCGAAAAUUCGAAAUCUAAAACACGAAAAACUGCUACGAGAAAUUCAAAACCAUAUAUUCUUUGGACCAUGCGUUGAUCAGUUUCUAUAGAGCAUCUUAAAGCCAUAAAAAUGGUGACGAAGACCAGAUCUUACCGUUUAUUCAUGUAAAAAAAAAAAGGAAAUAAUAUGUACACCAAACUUUCGAAAUUUCCGCUCCGAUUAUAUUGGUAUAAAA